CAAGGUGAGAGAUGCAUAUUUUCUUUUUAUUUUUUUCGUAAAUUCCUUAGCACCGGAAAGGAAUUCAUGGAAGCGAAGAUCGGAAGGUUCUUUGAGUCCGUAGGCGACUUCUUCUCAGGCGGUGAUCAGAUUCCUUGGUGCGAUUCCGACAUCGUCGUUGGUUGUGAGCGUGAGGUUAAUGAAGCUGAAAAAGGUUCUAAAGAUGAACUAAAACAUGAGUGUCACAUGCGUUUAUCAUGGGCUCUUGUUCAUUCAAGGAGACCCGAAGAUGUACAACGUGGGAUAGCAAUGCUUGAAGCUUCAUUGGUGGAUACUAAUAGCCCAUUACAAACAAGAGAAAAGAUGUAUCUACUUGCUGUUGGAUAUUAUAGAAGUGGUGAUUACUCUAAAAGUAGACAACUUGUUGAUCGCUGCUUGGAGAUAGCACCCAACUGGAUGCAGGCAUUGAAUCUGAAAAGAACAAUUGAAGACCAUAUUAAAAAAGAUGGUGUAAUUGGCAUAGGCAUUGCUGCAACCACCAUCGGGGUUGUGUUUGGUGGAAUUGUGGCGGCAAUGGCUCGUAGGUAGCAGUAGCACCACCUCAAAUGUGUUGUCUGGAAGAUGCACCAGUGAGAUGCAGGAGAAAUUCGAUAGUAAAAAAAAAUUGUUAUCAUGAAAAUUGUAUUUGAUGCUAUAGGAAGAAAUGAAAGUAGGAUGUUAAAAAAAAAGGAAAUUGAAAAUCCAAUUUUAAGAAAAGUCUCAAUGACACCAACAACGUUACUUUAAUUUAUUUGUGUAUGAUUUCAUUUAUUUGUAUACGAUUGCAUGUUACGUUCAUUUAUUGAUUUCAUUUAUUUGUGUAAUAUUGAAAUGGUUCAAAAAUGUGGACCAUUAAAUUCCAUUUAGGUGGAACCAAAGGUCCAUAUGCAACACAAAUAUUACAGGAAAGGUCUUUAUGCAGAAAAAGAUUAUGGAACAGGUCCCUGUGCAAUAUUUUUUAUACAGAAAUAG